AUGAAAGUUAGCUUAGACGCUGCAAAUGGUAAAUACAUUUCUGUUAACUGGAACUCAUCCGGUGGUGGUGCUUUUGGUGUUAUUCCAGUCAAUGAAGUUGGUAAAGCACCUGAUAAAGUUCCUUUAUUCAGAGGUCAUACUGCAGCAGUCUUGGAUACUGAUUUCAAUCCGUUCAAUGAUAACAUUAUUAUUUCCGGUUCUGAUGAUGCUAAACUUGGUGUGUGGAAAAUUCCUGAUGAUUAUUCAUUUCAUAAUUACACUGAUGAAAAAGAUGAAGUCAAAGAUAUCUCACCAGUGGCAUUAUACAGUGGUCACAAAAGAAAAAUUGGUCAUGUUCAAUUUCAUCCUGUAGCUGAAAAUGUUGCUGCCUCCUCAUCUGGUGAUUAUUCAGUUAAAUUAUGGGAUAUUGAAAGUGGUAAAGAUAAUGUUACAUUACAACAUAAAGAUUUGGUUACUUCAUUUUCUUUUAAUUACAAUGGUAACUUAUUAGCUACUACCUCUCGUGAUCGUAAAUUACGUGUUUGGGAUAUUAGAUCAAACAAAAUAAUCAGUGAAGGUCCAGGUCAUACAGGUGCUAAAAACUCAAGAGCUGUCUGGUUAGGUAACUCAGAUCGUAUUGGUACUACUGGUUUCUCAAAAUUAUCUGAUCGUCAAUUGGGUGUCUGGGAUGCCACAAAUAUCGAAGCUGGUCCAAUAGGUGGUUUCUAUACUCUUGAUUCCUCAGCUGGUAUUAUGAUUCCAUUCUAUGAUGAUUCAAACAAAAUCUUAUAUGUUGGUGGUAAAGGUGAUGGUAAUAUCCGUUAUUAUGAAUUCCAAGAUGAUGAAUUAUUCCCUCUAUCUGAAUAUCAAUCAAUUGAACCACAAAGAGGUCUUGCAUUUGCUCCAAAAAGAACUGUUAAUGUUGCCGAUAACGAAGUUGUUAGAAUCUAUAAAACAGUUAAUGAUCAAAUCAUUGAACCAGUUUCUUUCAUUGUUCCAAGAAAAUCUGAUACUUUCCAAGAUGAUAUUUAUCCAGAUGCUCCAUCGUCAAAACCAGCUUUAUCUGCUGUCGAAUGGUUCGAUGGUAAAUCAGUCGAUGGUCCAGUGUUAUUUUCUGUUGAGUCAUUAUACAAUGGUACUGAACCUUCUUUUAAAGCUGCUGAAGCUGCUGCUCCUUCAAAGAAAGAAGAGCCAAAGAAAGAGGAACCAAAAAAGGAAGAACCAAAGAAAGAGGAACCAAAGAAGGAAGAACCAAAAGAAAUCAAGAAAUCACCAGAACCUAAAGCUGAACAAUCAUCAAGAUCAUCACCAAAGGGUGAUCUCACCGAUCUCUCAAAAGAUAAAGAUGUUGACGCUCUUCUAAAGAAGGCAGUUGCGUUAGAUGAUGAACCAGAUAAAAAAGAUGACGAUGAUAAUACCGAAUGGGACGAAGAAGAUAAAAAACCAAAAUCUACUUUACCAGAAAAGAAAGUUGAAACUUCAAAACCAGCUCCUAAAGAAGAACAAAAAGUUGAACCAAAGGUUGAAACUAAAAUUGAAGCUAAAUCUGAACCAAAAUCUGAAACUAAAGCUGAACCAAAAGCUGAACCAAAAGUCGAAGCAAAAUCUGCUGAGCCUGCAGCUCCAGUCAAGGAAGAAGCUUCAUCUAAAUUAGAUACUACACCAAAGGAGGCUGAACCAAAGAAAUCUGAAGAAUCAUCAAGUUCUACUGCAAGUAAACCAUUGACUUUAAAACAAUCAAUUGAAAAAAUACAUGGUGUUGCUGAAAACUUGGAGCAAAUAGUUGAAAGAUUAAUUGCUGCAAAUUUGGACAAAGAUGAAAGAAUCAAAUCUUUAGAAGAAAAAGUUCAAGCUUUAGUUGACAAGAGUAAAUGA